AUGAGUCAAUCUAAAAAAAGGAAAGUUGAUUUGGAAUGCAGAAACUUCAAUGAAGCUUGGACGGUAAAAUAUCUUUUUACAAGCAUUAAUAAGAAAGCAGUUUGUUUAGUUUGUAAGGAAACAAUUGCUGUUUUCAAAGAAUACAAUUUAAACAGGCACUUUACAACAAAACAUCCAAAAUAUGCAUCACUUUCUUUAAAAGAACUUCAAACUGUAGCAGAAAACUUAGCAAAAAACUUGAAUAAGCAACAAAAUAUUUUUACUAAACAAAAUAAUAUAGAGAAAUCUACCACAAAAGCAAGUUAUGUUGUCGCGCACAAAAUUGCUAAGUUCUGUAAGCCGUUUUCUGAAGCAGAAUUUGUUAAACAAUGCAUGGUACAAGUGUCGGAGAUAUGUUGGCCUGAAAAGAAACAUAUUUUUGAAAAUGUAAGCCUUUCGAGAAGAACAAUAGUACGACGGAUUGAAAAUAUUUCAGGAAACUUACUUGACCAGCUAAGAACAAAAAUUGCUGAUUUUACCUAUUGUUCUCUGGCUUUAGAUGAGUCCUGCGAUAUUACUGAUACAAGUCAAUUAUUAAUAUUUAUUCGCGGCAUUAACAAGAAAUGUGAAAUUAGCGAAGAACUUCUUAGUGUGCAUCCAAUGAAAGGUACAACUACUGGUGAAGACUUCUUUCUCGCUGUUGAAGAGUGUUUAGUUAAAGUAAGUUUAACUUGGAAUAAAAUAGUAAGCGUCACUACGGAUGGUUGUUCUAGUUUAACAGGGAAAAAUGUAGGCUUACAUAAACGAAUUCGCGACAAAAAAAGUUUGAAAUUGAAUCACGUCGUUACUGUUGUGACCAAAGUUGUGAAUUUUAUCCGAGGACGUGCCGUAAAUCAUCGACAGUUUUUUGAAUUUUUGAAAGAAAUUGAAAGUGACUUCUACGAAAUUCCAUAUCACACUGAAGUGAGAUGGCUUAGCAUUGGUAAAGUUUUGGAAAGAUUUCAAUAUUUGCUUGAUGAAAUAGUAUCCUUCUUGUUGAUAAAAGGAAAACUACAUAAUUUCCCUGAAUUGCAAAAUAAGGCUUGGCUAAAUGAUUUCUCGUUUUCAGUAGAUAUCGUAAAAUAUUUGAAUGAACUAAAUAUAAAUCUACAAGGAAAAAACCAAUUUGCUUUCAAUAUGCACUCAAACGUCAAAGCAUUUAUGACAAAACUCAAUUUAUUUGCUGAAAACUUUAAUAAUAAAUUAUUAAAUCAUUUCCCCUCAUUGCAAGCACGGCGAGAAUCAUUGAAAAAUACAGAUUUUUUUAAAUAUAGUGCAAUAACACAAGACCUGCAUUCUGAAUUCCAAAGAAGAUUUCAAGAUUUCAAAGCUAUUGAAAAACCUUUAUCAUUAAUUAGCCAACCCUUCAAUUUCGAUGUGCACGAAGCUCCUGUUGAAAUUCAACUAGAACUAAUUGACUUACAAUCAAAUAAUUUACUAAAAGAAAAUUUUCACUCAAACGAAUUGAGUGCUUUCUAUGGCGCUUUGGAUAACGAACAUUUCAAAAUUUUUUGA